AUGGCUAUCAACUUUCUAAAUGACAUCGAAAGACAACCUAUUCAGAUGCAUAGAAGAGAUGGGUGGGUGUGGAGGGGAGAUCCAAGCGGUCAUUAUACGGCACAAUCAAAUUACAAUUUGUUGAGGGAAGAAACAGCCGAUGGGAUCCAGGACAGUGUUUAUCACGAAUUAUGGAAAUUGAAGGUGCCACUUAAGUGUACAAUAUUCGCUUGGAGGCUACUUAGAGAUAGGUUACCUACCAAAAUUAAUUUACACAGAAGACAAGUAGAGGUCUCGGAUACCAGCUGUCCUUUAUGCAGGAAUGCGGUGGAAGAUGCAGGCCAUUUGUUCUUCCAUUGCAGAAAAGUCACCCCCAUAUGGUGGGAAUCAUCAUCAUGGGUGAGCCAAUCUGCUGCUUUCCCGAAAGACCCAAAGAUGCAUUUCCUACAACAUGAUCCAUCAAUGGUUGAUGGAUUGAGGGCUAAAAGAUGGAAAUGGUGGUGGAUAGUUGUCACAUGGACUAUUUGGAAGCAAAGAAAUAAGCUGAUAUUCUCCAAUGAUUUUUUUGACAGCAACAAAGUCAUGGAUGAUGCAGUCUUUUUACUUUGGACGUGGUUGCGGAAUUUAGAGAAGGAUUUUUCCAUGCAUUUUAACCAAUGGUCUAGUAACAUUUCUGCAAGGUUCAUGUAA